ACCUUCAUUGGCGAAUCACUAACUGUAAUAGACAUAAUCUCUUAAAAAGAUUUCUAAAUAUUUACGAAUACUAUUAAAUUAUAGUAAUCUAUAACAAAUAUUUGAAAACGCCAAACUAAAUUAAUUUGUUAAUUAUUUUUGUUACAUUAGCUACUCGAAACUUUGAAACGUUAAGUUUUUGUUAAACAUACUACAUAUAUAAUGGCUUUAAAUAAUUCUAUCAACUUACAUGAAUGUUUGGAACUUGUUACAAGACUUUCACGACAAGCAGGAAAACUGAUUAAAACAAGAAUAAACCAAAAGAAAAUGAUUGAAACUAAAGCUUCCAGCAUCGAUUUUGUGACUGAAACUGAUCAAGAGGUGGAAAAAAUGCUGAUUGAAGGAAUAAAACAUAAAUAUCCAACACAUAAAUUCAUUGGUGAAGAAUCAUUUGCAGCUGGUAUUAAAGAAAAUUUAACAAAUGAACCUACUUGGGUUAUUGAUCCUGUUGAUGGUACAACAAAUUUCGUACACGGUUACCCAAAUGUUUGUAUAUCUAUUGGUUUAGUUAUUGAUUGUGAGGCCCAAUUAGGAGUUAUUUUUAACCCAAUAUUGGAUAUGUUUUACCGAGCUAUAAAAGGUGAAGGUGCAUUCCUAAAUGAUGAGCCUAUCCAUGUAAGUAAUUCAAAAUGUUUAAAAGACUCAUUGGUUUCAAUUGAAUAUGGAUCAGUUAGAACUGAUGAGUUUCGAUCUAUAGUUAACCACAAUGUUACUUAUCUAAACAAAAAUGCACAUGGAAUACGUUCAGGGGGAUCAGCUGCUUGGAAUUUAGCUAUGGUUGCUAAAGGUGCCUGUGAUUUAUAUGUUGAAAUGGGACUUCAUGCAUGGGAUAUGGCUGCUGGAAAUAUAAUUGUUAAAGAAGCAGGAGGUGUUAUAAUAGACCCUGCAGGUUGUGAAUUUGAAUUGAUGAACCGCAGAAUACUUGCAGCAGCAUCAAAAGAACUUGCUGAUGAAAUUUAUCCUAACUUAAAACAAUAUUUCCCAGAACAUGAUUAAGUAUUAAGAAAAUAAGUUUAUAGAGCAUACUAAUUAAAAAUUUCAUUUAGGUGACCUAUGUAGUUUAAUUGGAAACACAUGUCACAAUGGAAAAGUACUAUAGUUCAAUACCAUUUCAAUAAGUUAUGUAAGUUUUCCUAUCCUUUUUGGCACACAGACUAAUAUGAGCUGCUGAGUGGUUUGUCCUUAUUAAAAUUGCUACCAUAAAAAAAGUGAUUAGGAAAAAAAUAUAAAAGUAAAAUUUGAGAUAGGCUUCAUAAGUUCUUCAAGUUUAUUUACCCCCCUUUAUUCUAGACUUGUUGGCAUAAGUAAUAGGUUUUAAAAAAAAACUUAAAAUAUAAUGAAAAAUAACUUGAUUAACUAUUUUUAGUUAAAAUGAAAUUACAUUGUAUAUUUAACUAGUUGUAUUACUUAAUAUUAAUAUACUUAUAAAAAAUUGUAUACUAUGUGUUCAGUAAAGAG